UAAAGUCGCGUGAACACACAGCUGUGCGCGCGCGCGAAAGUAGCAACUUUUGUUACGCUUUAAAAAAAAUACAGACGUUGCUAGCUGCUAGUUUGCAAUGUUAUAAUGUUAAUAAAUAUGACAUUUGUGUAAUGACGAGUGAGUCAAGAGUCCUUUAGGAUGACAGUGGUGAAUUUGUCCUUCGCUGCAUGUGGUUUUCUGGGCAUCUACCACUUGGGAGCUGUGGGGGCCUUCCUCCGUCAUGGGGACAAGCUGCUGGCGUGCCUCAGGUCCUGUGCGGGGACCUCAGCUGGAGCUCUGGUUGCUGCAGUGAUGCUCACAGCUCCUGACAAAGUCAAGCACUGCAAAGAAUUUACGUAUGAAUUUGCGAGUGAUGUGAGACAACAGAGGUUUGGGGCGCUCACUCCGGGAUACAACAUCUCGCUGAAGCUGCAGGAAGGGAUUGAGGAGAUGCUUCCGGCUGAUGCGCACAUCUUGGCAUCUGAUCGUCUCCAUGUCUCAUUGACGCAUUUCAGAAGCGGGAAGAAUCACAUCGUGUCCCGGUUUAACUCCAGAGAGGACCUCAUCAAGGCUCUCCUGGCGAGCAGCUUUGUGCCAAUCUAUGCUGGAUUCCAACCCGUGGAGUUCCGAGGACAGAACUGGAUUGAUGGAGGCUUUACUGACAGCCUUCCAAUCCUGCCUGUGGGCCAAACCAUCACUGUGUCCCCGUUUGCCGGUCAGCAAGACGUGUGUCCUUUACAUCAGGGCAAUGAGUUCAAAACCCAACUUAGGCUGGCCAACAUGAACAUAGCGUUCUCCAUGGAAAAUAUCAAGCGUCUGAACCAGGCUUUGUUCCCGCCAUCCACCUGUGGCAUGCAGUCUCUGUGUCAGGAAGGGUUUGAUGAUGCCAUGAGGUUCCUUAAGAGGGAGGGCUGGAUGAGCUAGAGCAGUGGUCCUGAACCUUUUUUGACCCACGGACUGGCUUGUGUUCCCACAAAUCUCCCACGGACCGGGGGCUUGUUUGUACAUUAUAGCAAUGUAAUUUAUCUUAUUUCUUAUGUAUUGUGUAAAACUAAGACGUGAAUAACAUCAAAUUAAAAUCACAAAAUGAAUGCCAAGCCACCAUCCACCAGUUCAAGCCUGGAGUUUUUCCAGAGAGAUGAUUACAUCGCUGUUUGACGUGUGUGGUAAAAGGCAGUCUGCUAGCAUGAAUUAACUUAAGACAAAUGUACACAUUAGCACUCAAUAAGUCAUCAAAACUUACCUUUAUGCAUUCCCACACAGAAUCAGCAUUUGAGACCAAAUAUGAGGUGAAAGAAAAAUGGUAAAAAUACAGUAGUAGUCUAUCUGUGCGGCGAGAGAAAGUUAGCACACGCACAAUGGACAUGCGUCAAGUGAGACGGAUGUAACAGAGAGAAUGCUGACACUUUUCAAAAUAAAACAUCAAAAAAAUAAUGGAAAUUAUUUUUUCUUUCUGUGCGGCCCGGUACCAAAUGGGGUUGGGGAUCACUGAGCUAGAGGACUAGGGGUCAGAAUGAAAUACUGUAUUUUCUGGACUACAAACCACAGUCUUUUUCAUAGUUUGGCUGGUAUAUAUCAAUGAUCAAUAUAUAUACAGGGUCAGGCAAAAUGAUCUGACACAUUUGUAGGUUAAAUAAAAGGCAAAUAAAGUAAAGAAACAA